ACCGUCCCCACGGGGUCCACACCGUGAGCUUUCAACCGAAAAUAUGGAGAAAUGGUCUUUCAUGUUAUAACAGCCUCCCCUUGACGAUAAAGUCGGUGUCCGACACCACCAGUACUCUGCAGACAGAUGUGGCACGAAGUAAUCCAUCCGCAUCGCAAGCUGAAAGGCAGCCCAAUUCUUCGGUACCAUCCAGCAGCGUGGAUGGUUAUUUCGCAUCCAGCGCGUCACAGUCAAUGACCACUGCGAUACAUGAAGUGCGGCCAGUGGCCUUCGAUACGGACCCAUGCGCCAUUCGGUGUACAUCUAUCAGGAAGCAGUCUGAUUAUCCUACGACAUCUGGUGGCUUGGGUGAUAUCUGGAAGUGUACAUUCACUCUUGAUCCAGCAACCUCUAUUGAUGCCGCUGUCAAAGCUAUCAGAAUUGCAGAUAUACGCAAUGAACAAGCCAUUCAAAAAGCGACGAAGAGACUUCGCCGCGAAGUAGCGGUGUGGAUCAAAUUGAAGCAUGCGCAUGUUCUCACUCUUCACGGCACGGUCUCAGGAUUCGGACAAUUGCCUGCCCUUGUUACUACAUGGAUGCAUAAUGGGGCACUUCAUGGCUACUUGGGGCGCACGGUACUCACCAUGGAACAGAAACUACGGCUGCUCAAACAGGUCGUGGAUGGUCUGGGAUAUCUUCAUGAACACGAAAUAGCCCACGGGGACCUGACCAGUACAAAUGUCAUGAUCGACAGUGAUGGCAAUGCGUUUCUAGCAGAUUUUGGUCUCUCCGUGGCUCUCGCAGACGCCGACAAAUCUUACUAUAACUCGUAUUCGAGUGGUGCCAUCCGAUGGUUAGCACCCGAAUUGAUGGGCAAUCCGGAACCGGCAAGCAUCGACGGCGAUGCCACUGUCUGUGAUGACGACUUCCCGAAACCGAACAGUCAGAGUGACAUAUUUUCACUCGGCUGCAUCAUGUUAGAGGUCUUCUCGGGUAAACUUCCCUUCUGGUGGCUCGCAAAAGUUCAACACGUUUUCAGUGCCCAGUUGGGGCGCUCAGAGCCAUAUCAACCCGAAUCCGGUGUGCCUCUUGACCCCCAACAUUUGGAAUUUAUGAGGAAGUGUUGGUCCGCCAAGCCUGAAUCUCGUCCUUCUAUUGGGGACGCUGCUUCCUUUGUGAAACACGAGUUGGCCAAGGUGGACUCCAACUAACUGGGCCUCGACGUCCAAAUUGCAAUUUGGAUCUGGAUUGCAGGGAUUGACCUAUAUCGAUCAGGAUGCUUCAUUAACAUGCUAGUGUAUCAUAUCACCGUAUUACGCACUACGUAGUUGUAUGUACGCUAAAAUAUAAUCACCAGGUAUCCAUCGUAGAC